AGAGACAUGUGAUGCACACCAGAUAGAAAAAAGAAGAUAACUUAGUUAUAUAGAUUUUAGUAUAUGAUCGAUCCCCAAAAACACUUGAUUGUAUAUUGCAUCCAACGAACAUCCAUCGUCUUCCUCAACUCAUCUAAAAGUCACCGAUUCUCCUCGAAAUCCUUUCAAUCUUUCAUAUAAAUAAAUGCCCAACUCGUAAAAAUCAGUCUUUCCGCCAUGGCUGCUGCUGCCCUGAGAUCAAAGUCAUAUAAUCUCUCAAAAUUGAGAUGCUUUAAUUCAAGUCAUCGUAUGCACGCUGCCCCAAUAAUACCCAAUUCCCAAAUCACUUCCUCAAUUCCCAACCAAUUACAUCAAUAUAUCCCUCACCACCAAUCCUUCAAGCCCUUUUCAUCCUCCGGUCAUAGGGGCUAUAAUAGUAAUUGUAAGAGGAGCCUACUUAAUCUCUCCGGUGAUGAGUAUGGAGACCCACCGGAGGUUUGGCAGCCUCCUGGCGUUGGGAUUGUUCCUCAGCCCGGUCUUAAGGCGGUUCCUGUAUCCGCUUCGGGUUCGGGUUCUGGUUCUGGUGAUGGGAGUUGGGGAGGCUCUGCUUUGGGCAAUAGCUUCCCAACUCCUAAAGAGAUUUGUAAAGGGCUUGACAAGUUUGUUAUUGGUCAGGAAAGAGCAAAAAAGGUGCUUGCAGUGGCAGUUUACAAUCACUACAAGAGGAUCUCCAAUGACACUUCACACAAGUUAGGCCUUCAAGGAAUGACAAGACAAAUGCCAUAGAUGAUGAUGAUGAUGCAGUAGAACUUGAGAAAAGCAACAUUCUUCUAAUGGGGCCAACGGGUUCAGGGAAGACACUACUUGCAAAAACACUAGCGCGCUUAGUGAAUGUUCCUUUUGUUAUUGCAGACGCUACUACACUCACCCAGGCGGGGUAUGUUGGGGAAGAUGUGGAGUCCAUUCUAUACAAGCUUCUUACUGUUGCUGAUUAUAAUGUAGCAGCUGCUCAGCAGGGAAUUGUGUAUAUUGAUGAAGUUGACAAGAUUACAAAGAAGGCUGAGAGUGUUAACAUUAGCAGAGACGUAUCGGGCGAGGGUGUGCAACAGGCGUUAUUAAAAAUGCUAGAAGGGACGAUAGUCAAUGUCCCUGAGAAAGGUGCACGGAAACAUCCUAGAGGAGACAACAUUCAGAUUGAUACCAAAGAUAUCCUGUUUAUUUGUGGAGGGGCUUUUAUAGAUUUGGAAAAAACCAUUUCAGAAAGACGGCAGGAUUCUUCUAUUGGAUUUGGGGCACCUGUUCGUGCAAACAUGAGAACCGGAGGUGUUACAACUGCUGCUGUAACUUCAACCUUAUUGGAGACCGUUGAAAGUAGUGAUCUAAUUGCUUACGGUCUGAUACCUGAAUUCGUUGGACGGUUUCCGAUUCUUGUCAACUUAUUAGCUCUUACCGAGAAUCAACUUGUCCAGGUACUAACUGAGCCGAAGAACGCAUUAGGCAAACAAUACAAGAAGUUAUUUCAGAUGAAUGGUGUUAAGCUACAUUACACCGGAAGUGCAUUGAGAUUAAUUGCAAGAAAAGCAAUAACUAAGAACACGGGUGCUCGGGGAUUGAGGGCCUUACUUGAGAACAUAUUGAUGGACUCCAUGUAUGAGAUUCCUGAUGUAAGAAGUGGUAAAGAUAUUAUAGAAGCUGUAGUGGUUGAUGAGGAGGCUGUUGAGGGAAAGGGUUGUGGAGCUAAAAUCCUCCAUGGUGAAGGUGCGUUUGACUGUUAUCUGUCACAACAUACUGUAAAAGACGGGGUGGCAGACGGCGGAGCCGAGGCGGAGGAAGAGGCAGAGUUGCCUUCAAUUGCUGCUUUGUAAAUUACUGGGAGAUGGUAUUAACACAUGUAUGUAUAGAUAAUGUGUACUGAUUCAAGCUCUAUGAUUUAAUAAGUAAAAUUAAUGUUGAACAUAGAUUAUAAUAAAUUAAUGGAAAAAUGGAUGGUUAUUAUAGUAAA